AUGACGCAAACAAUCGUAGUUUUGGGAGGCUCCUACGCCGGACUCCAGGUCGCGCAUAGGCUGGUGAAGAACACUCGGAAAACCGUCAAGGAUCUCAAGGUGAUCCUCGUUUCUAAGAACAGCCAUUUCUACUGGAACCUCGCCUCUGUCCGUGCCAUCAUCCCGGGCAUUGUCAAGGAUGAGGAGUUCAGCCAGCCAAUUGAGAAGGGGUUCGCCAAGUACCCUUCCGAGGCAUUUGAGUUCAUCGUUGGAUCUGCCGAGGCCUCGGACCUUGUGGCCAAGACGGUCACGGUCUCGACGGCGGGCGGCGACCGCGUGCUGAGCUACGACCACCUGGUCCUGGCGACGGGCACGCGCACCGCCGGGGACGACGUGGUACCGUGGAAGGCCAGCGGCACGCACGAGGAGAUCAUGGACCAGAUCCACAAGACGGCGGAGCGCGUCAAGACGGCCAAGCACAUCGUGGUCGCCGGCGCCGGCGCCACGGGCGUCGAGGUCGCCGGCGAGAUCCGCUACGAGUACAAGGACAAGGAGGUGCUGCUGCUCUCGGGCGACGCCCACAUCCUGGGCGGCGACGUGACGGCCGGCAGCGCCGAGACUGAGCUCAAGAAGCUGGGCGUCACGGUCCAGACCGGCGCCCGCGUCGACCGCGCCGUCGUCCUGCCCGACGGCAAGACCGAGGUCACGCUCCAGAACGGCCAGACCAUCCUGACCGACCUGUACCUCCCCACCAUGGGCAUGGCCCCCAACACCGAGUACCUGCCCUCGUCCGUCCUCAAGGCCGACAAGUUCGUCGCCAUCGACGAGUUCUACCGCGUCAAGGACGCCGCCAACGUGUGGGCCGCCGGCGACAUCGUGUGGACGCCCCGCGGCGGCUUCGUCAUUGCGGACAAGCAGGCUGCCGGAGUGGCCAAGAACAUCGACCUCGCCCUGCACGGCAAGGGUCCGACCCCCGUCAAGCUGCUGCCCAUGGACGUCUUCGUCUGCGCCGUGGGCCGCGGCCGGGGUGUCGGCCGCAUGGGCUCCGUCAAGCUCUUCUCCUACCUGGUGUACAUGGCCAAGGGCAAGACUCUGGGCAUGCAGAUGAUGCCGGGCAUCCUGAACGGCACCAACUACUGA